GCAUCACCGACUCAAUGGACAUGAGUUUGAAUACUCUGGGAGAGUGUGAAGGACAGGGAAACCUGGAGUGUUGCAGUCCAUGGGGUCACAAAGAGUCAGACACGACUGAGUGACCAAACAACAACUUAGAAAUCACAGUCAUUAAUUAGUAGAGCCUUUGUGAUUUAGGAUUACCAAAUGCAUUCAUGAAGAUUGAAUUCCUGAGUGCAUUCAGUAAGAUUCACUUAUCUUUUCACAUCAUGAAUAAGCUAUUUUCACACCCGCAUCUCAGUCUGACUGGCUUCUUAGUUUCUUCGCAGCUGUCUCCUGAGACCAGCCCAUGAGCAGCUGGCCCUCUGCCCUCAGAGGCAGCAAAGAAUCAGGUCGAGGUUUAGGUAGAUUACUGACGUCCUAAACUGGCCUCCUAAGGAUUCCUAAUCCUGGGGCAGCAGCCAGCCAGCAGGCUCAGGGUCACACAAGGUCCUUCCACCCUGUCCCCAGCACCCAGCCAGAGUUGCCAUGGCCUCCCUUUUCUCUGGCCGCGUCCUGAUCCGAAACAACAGCGACCAGGAUGAGCUGGACACAGAGGCUGAGCUCAGCCGUCGGCUGGAAAACCGGCUGGUGCUGCUGUUCUUUGGUGCUGGGUCUUGCCCGGAGUGCCAGGCCUUUGCACGCAUCCUCCGGGACUUCUUCGUGCGGCUCACAGAUGAGUUCUACGUGCUGCGGGCAGCCCAGGUGGCCCUGGUGUACGUGUCCCAGGACCUGACGGAGGAGCAGCAAGACCUGUUCCUCAGGGACAUGCCCGAGAAGUGGUUCUUCUUGCCCUUUGAGGAUGACCUGAGGAGGGACCUCGGGCGCCAGUUCUCGGUGGAGCGCCUGCCAGCUGUCGUGGUGCUGAAACCCAGCGGGGAUGUGCUGACGCUCGACGCGGCCGACGAGAUCCGGCGCCUGGGCCCUGCCUGCUUCGCCAACUGGCAGGAGGCGGCUGAGGUGCUGGACCGCAGCUUUCUGCAGCCCGAGGACCUGGACGACCCCGCGCCGCGGAGCCUUACCGAGCCCCUGCGCCGCUGCAAGUACCGCGUAGACCCGGCUGCGCGGAGCGCACGAGGCCGGGGAAGAGCGGGCGGCUCCGGACAGGAGGGCGAGGCCGAGGGCGAGGCCGCGGGACUGUUCUGACCCCUGGGGACG